AUGGGUAUCAAAGGAAUGAAUAAUAAAAAUAUAAGCAAAGAUUGCUUAGGUCUUCGUUUGCGAGUCAACGGCCUGCAUCAAACCUGGAAGUGGCUGCACCAAACCAUUGCCCUCCACGAAUACCUUAUCUCUGUUACUUCGGCAGAUUCUGCAAGAACAAAGCAGCAAUCUUUUGCAAAUUUUUAGAUUAGAAAGUACUAUAUUAUACUACACCAAAUAAAAAAUAGUACUAAAAAACCCUCAAAUAGAAAAACUUAUUAUAUUUUUUUUAUUGAAUGCCUGGCAUUGCUCUGAAUUUUGUUACAAAGUAAACCCAUACACUUAAGAAAUUGCUUUAUAGAUACUAUACGCAAACAAACGAGUUGUGCGCCGUUGUAUUAGUGAGUGUUCAUUUAUUAUAGACUUCAAAGUGAUAAAAAAAGAUACAAAAACAAACGAAAAAACAAUAAAAAACGAACCUAACCCUUAAAUAAAAAAGUUAAACCAAUUCAAACUAAUUACAUAAAAUAA